AUGCUGAGGGUCCUGAUCUUCGCCCUGCUCUGGAGGGAGUCCCUGUCCCAGCAGCCUGGAUUUACCCUGACGGUGCCACCAUCAGUGUCAGUGCAGGAGGGUCUCUGUGUUCUGGUCCCCUGCACGUUCAUGUACCCAGCCUCCUACGACACUAAGAAUUCCCAGUCCCGGCUCUACAGAUACUGGUACAAGGAUCAGGCCACUGGGGGCUCUGAUCUGCCCAUGGCCAGCAGUGACCCCAGCCGGGGGGUGUCGCAGGAGACCCAGGGCCGGUUCCGGCUGGCGGAGAAUCCAGCGCACGGCGACUGCUCCCUGCAAAUCAGCGACGCCCGACGGACGGAUGCGCGGAGAUAUUUCCUUAGAGUCGAGGGAUACUUUAGCUACAAUUACCGCUACAGUACAGAUGGCACUGACCUUGCGCUCACGAUCUCCGUGACACGUAAGAGCAGCCACAGUCACCUCUCAUUAGCCCCCUGA